GUGAUUUUAAUACAAAGACAAGUUGUCUUUUGUUUGAGACCGAUUAGGUCUGGAUGAGGUGUUGGGACACAAUAGUAACCUAGUUGAUGUUAAUUUUAAUUAAUUUGAUACGGUAGACAUUACUAUAGGCACUUUUUUAUUUGUUAAUUAUUUACUGGAAACCCACAUUCUUAUAAGCAGAUUUCCAUGUGAAAAAGAGUCAAACAAAAUUGUGGACUUAUAAGGUAACAUGUAUUUGGUUUUGUAGUUGGUGGGGAAGAAGGCCAUCUGUCAGUGUUUAGUUAUGAGGUAACAUUUCCUAACAAAUAAUAGACAAUGUCAACCUUGUUAAAUAAUACUACCAACAGCAUUUGGCAUGCUUUUAAUGCACUUAGCAAUAAUGGAAUUGUAAUGAAGUCAAAGCUAAAGGUGCUUACAGCCAACAUUGGUACUCUACUGGAUCUCUACGGUGUGGAGAAAGGGCUGGAGCAUUACCGAAGCACUUCUAGCCUUAACUUUCAUCACUACAAGUAUUAUCUUUUGAAGGAGGUGUUCUCGUCACUGCCAGAUUCUCUUUCAUUGCAAGCUCUGAGAGAAUACGAGUCGAAGAUAGAUGAAGUCUGCUGGCUCAUCUGCAAGAAGACUUAUCUGCGACGAGAUAACGCUCUUCUCUCGGACUCCUGCGUGUACCAGCUGUUCAGGGUGUUCUGUCUGUUGGGAGACCUCGUACCUGACCCCAAGUGUCAAGACGGAUAUCAGGUGGUGAUGCAUACGUGGGAGGCAGGUCUGAUCUCGUCACAGCUGGUCACGUCACUGGCGUGUGAGUGGGACGAGGCGGACUAUGAGGCUCUGGUACACAACAUGUCGGGGCUGCGGCUGUCCACCCUCCUCACCCUCCUGGAGAGCAAGUACCUCACUAACAUAGACCGGGCAGUCAUAGAGGAGGCAGUCACUGGUCUGUCGCACACUUUUGUCGAUGAUGUCAUCAAAAAGGGUUGCCUGCAGAAGAAGGGCUACCUGCUACCGACAAUGAGAGAGUACUGGUUCAUCCUGCAGCCGACUCAGCUGGCCUACUACAAGAACCAGGAGGAGCGGGAGCAGUGCGGUGUAGUGUUGUUGGACCCCCACUGCUGGGUCGACUCUACGCACCAACGCAUCUUGCUGCACACCCGGGAACGUUGCUUCGAGUUUAGUGCGUAUGAUCACAGGAGCAGGCUGCAGUGGCUGUCCGCUCUACAACUGGCCAUAUCACAGUCUGGAGGCUCUGUGAGCUAUCAGCGACAGCAGGCUUUACGCCGCAAAGCUCAGAGAGAGGUGGAGAGUGAGGAACGCAGACGGAGAUCCAGUCUGAUCCAGGACAUGGGAGCACAGCUGCAGGCCGAGAAGAUGGCAAGGGUGGCUGCAGAGCUUCAGUUUCGAGAAGUGAAGAUUGAGAAGGAGAAGCAGCUGGAGCAACUGGAGGCACUGCUGGAGGAAGAGACACAGGCCAAGAAAGAUGAAGAGAUCGUCAGGAAUCUUCAAGCUCGUGUGCUACGAGAAGAGUGGGAGAAGAGGGAAGAGUUGGAGCGGCUACAGGAGGAGCAGAGGUUGUUGUUGGAACAAGAAAGAGAGAAGAGGAUUGAAUUCGAGAUGAGGCAGAGAGAGAAGGAGGCUCAACUUCAAGAAGCCGAACGCAGACUCAGAGAGCUAGAGGAGGAGAGACAGAAGCUGGACCAGGAGCUGCACAGAGCCCAGGACAAGAUCUCCAUCACGGAGAAGUGCAUGAGUGAACUGCAGUCCACCAUAGUCAAGUCCCCUAAUCCACAAGCCAGAGUCAGGAGGACCAUGUCAUUCAUGCCGUCGACCAGAGACAAACCUCCCAGGUCUUAGGACAUAGUCAGGCUUUUUUCGAGUCCUUGAACAUUCCUGUAGUUUCUCUGGCAGCUGAUUUUCAACAUUAGUUUUGCUUUAUUCUUCUGCAUUACAUUCUGAAACUGAAUGUCUUUGAGAUUCAAUACAACAUUCCAAGUCCUUAUAUCAACUUUAGCUCUCCAAUGAAUACAAAGAAUCUUUAUAUUUGUAUAUUGGAUUAUUGCCAUAGUAGUCGUAAUUCUAAUAUAGUUUGUAGUAUUCAGAUUUUGUAAUUGUGUUUGACCCUUGAUUAUGAAUCCUUCUGAGAAGAUAAACUUGUUAAUGCUAUAAAUUGUUUCCGUUUGAAAUCCCUCGACGUAUGUGCCACCUAGCGGCUAACGCUAGAAACACGCGCUGUUAGCGAGCGGCGCCAAGCGGAGUGUCGUAGAACUAGUGCAGCGCGUGCAUUGGCCUGAACCGGGCAACGGCUCGUAGCGAAAGAGCAGGUAGACAAAGCCGAGCAGUUCCGACUACCACCGAUAAAGCCAGAACAUUUGCGCAUAGGGUGAAACGAUGGUUGCGACUCUGGUGGCGGGUACGCGAACCGUGUAAAAUUGCGUACACCAGCUGCUCUCAAUGAUUCAUAAUCAAAAGUGUAACACAGAAGACCUCCCCAUUACUUGUAAUAGUAAAAUCAUUAGAUUUGCUAGUAAUACCUGUGAACAUUUUUUAAACAUUAUUGUUCGAAAGAAAAAUAGUGUAAAAUCAAAAUGAAGUUUCUAUUGAACAAGAACUAUUUCUGUUGUUGCAUUUAACCGUUCUGUGAACUCGAGUUAAGAAUAUUUUAAACUGUGAUUUUCUACCUUAUAAGAAUUUUACAUUAUAUUUUGAUAUAUUUUUACCAAGUAACCAAUUUUAUAUGAAUGUGAAUAUUUAGUAAGUAAUCACCAAUUUACUUCAUUAACCAUUUGAUGUGUUAAAACUUACUCAUUAUAACCUGUGAUGUUUUUCUUUGUGGACAUAAAGGCUCAUUACAGUCAAUGGCACUCAAUUAAUAUAAAGUUUUUGUACCUAACGAUAUCGUUGGCUACACAUUCCAUAUUGUGUUAUAAAAUAUGCUAUAAACAAUCGAAAAUAUAUACAGUGUUUCCAUGAUGUUACGUUAAGCUGGCUGAUCAUUUCGAAAUGUUACUUUUCAAUUAGAAUAUCAAAAAUGGCUUGUAAAAUUUACAACUCUCUCAUGUUUGUUGCUGAAGCGGAGUGGUGGUUGAGAGAUAAAAGUUUAAAAUCAAUUGCAUGAAUAAAUGUGUUAUUAGGUUCACAAAAUAAACUGUUAUCAGUACAAAUGUAAUUUAAUAUUUCACAUAGUCAAUUUAUUCUAACUGAAAUCCACAGCAACACACGUGUAGCAACUACAAACAAAUCAAUCGUAUGAUCCUUAAAUAAAAGUUCUGAUAUAUCCACAGGACUUACUCUUCGAUAACGCCCACUACUCCGCCUCUGCGAACAUGAGAUGUAUAUGUUUUAAAGAUGUAAUAAUACAGAAUAUACAAUAUAAUGUGCAAUAAAAUGUGCUGCUAUUAGGAAUAUCAAGUCUGCCAGUCCCAACACUAAUGUAAGUAGCUAUUUGUUUGCAACAUGAAAAAUAGUAUUUUUUACCAUUACAGUAAAACCUCGAUUAUCGGAAAUAAUAGGCGCUGAACAUGUUUCGGACAACCAAAAGGUCAUGUUAAUAUGACGAACUUCCGGGAAAUAUACGUAGGUGUACUCAUAAUUUUACUUACAGAAUACCUACAACCAACUGAAUAUAAACUUAUUUGUUCUUGAAAAAAUCAGAGACGAGUAAGCUACACUAAACUCGCUACUGCAAGACAAGUACGAUUAUGACAAGGUGCACGGCUAGUGAAAGCUCGGAACAUGUUGAGGAGGAGAAACUUUUAUUGCUCUUUUUUGCAAACAUUGGCCUGGCGGUUGAGAAAUUGUUCUCCAUUGACAAUCCCCACAUUAGUAUUUGAAUGGUGCCAAUAUAAUAUUGGAGUUGCCGCUCGCUCAAAUUAUUUGUUCUAUCAGUAGCUUCUUAAUUCGAGGCAGCUGGAACUGAUUUCACUAUUUCUCAGGUCAUUUUCCGAUAAUCUUGAGUUUUACUGUACCAUAAUUUUUUAUUCAGACAACUAAAUGUAUUUAAAAAGGUUGAUUUAAUAUUAACGUUUAAAUAAACCAGUGAUUAAUAUGUGUUGGAAACUUGUUACACUGAUAUGGUGUUGAGUAGCGUCUUGUGAUAUAAUUGAGGAGAUGGAAAAGUAAAGAGAAGCCCAGAAUAAUAUAAAACUGUGGUAUAUAUGUUUACUAUUUGAAUAGGAUCACUGGUGUUUUACAACUGACAUGAACAUAAUAUGGUGUAAAUAUAAUUUAACUUAUUUGAUACGGAAAUGCGCUCAAUACAGUUACAGUAUUUCUGAAGUUUGUUGUUGAAAUUGCAAGCCCUUGUUUUUGCGGUGUUUGCUGUUGUGAUAUUCCUUUAUUGAAUAGUAUGGUGCCAUAUGAAUCCUGUAGACAAAAUCAAGUUAGUGUUCCACUGCACAAUAUCAUGUAAAUGAUUGCACAAUGUUGAGUGUAUAAUCGUACUGUCUACGUUAUUGUAUGUAAAGGUAUAGCAGUCUGUUCGUUUCUGUAACUCACCUGUACAGCCCGUGAGUUCUCCGAGGAUCUGGAGCAGAAACAUCGUAACAACACAAGUAGGUGCCGCCAAGCUGCUCUGAAACGAAUUUUCAUUUCAAGCGUUACGUUGAGUCCAGACUAAUAACUAUCUCUUGGCUGCUUCAGUUUCAAAAUAACUUUUAUUCCUGAACCAAACAUUUUGAUAAAAACAAACUAUCUUAAAACGAUGACAUUGGGACUUUUAUUUUUACAGCAGUAAAAAAUAACUGCAAUAUAAAAUUACUUAAGUAAUCCUAAAAAUAUAAUUUCUCUUAUAAUUAAUAAUACUGCAUGAAUAUAAAUCUAGAUGAAUAUUCUCCAAAUUUAAAUAAUUGAUUUGUUUAAGCCGCUUGAAUCUCAAUACUAGUUGUAUUACAACUUAAAAUAUCCUGCUGGAACAAUUUGAUUUGUUGUAGCAGAACAAACUAUUCAAAUCUACAAUGUUCAUAGAAAACUACUCCCAAUUUGUCACCCUAAACAUAAAGUGGCACAACUGCUGUAAUUUAAAAUCACAAUUCUUUUCCAGGCCUUCACUUAAAAUCAUCAGAUUAAAGGUUAAUCCAACCUUUAAAAUAGAAAUACUCAUGUGAAAAUAUCAAUGACUGUGUUGCUCAAAAAUACUACUCAGGUAUAAUUUUGUUUUUACUCCCCUGAAAAACUGUUUUGGCAUUUACAUCACUAAUUUGGUCCAAUAAAUGAUUUUGCGCUCCUCUACAAGGUGUAGGAAGUAUUACAACACACCCUGUAAGCGGUUUUUCCCCACCGUUACAGUAAAGUUGUGUACCUUUAGACCGAAACGCACAUGUAACUUGUGGGCUGUACAGUGAAGAACUUCUGGUCAAGCUAAUUAAUUAUGAUGUUCUCAUUUCUGCCAAUCUGUGAUAUUCUUGCCAUAUUGUUCUAAGGCACACCCGAAAUUGUCAUCAUUACCAGUUUUUGUUUAAGUGAGUCUGCUUAAUGGAAGUCCUUUCCCACUUAAAUUUUUUUUCUCUUCCAGCACUCUCAGUCAGACCUCUACACUGCAGCCCCCUAGAAUAAUAACAGAUAUAGGUUGGCUCCACCCGCUCAUUCUACUCGUCUUCUUUGGCUGCAUAUGUCCCAACCGAAUUCACAUAUCAAAAACACCUGUACCGAUCCUUCUAAUUUUAAAAUGGCUUCAAUCUUGACCCUUUGCACUCGACAAGCCACUGAGUGUGGACCUCUAAGCUCAGCAGGCCACUACUGGUGGCAUGCUGGGUUCUGCGUCACCAUGACUUCCACUCGUCCUGUUCCACAGAAUAUCAACUCAUUUCCCUAUUUUGAGGUUUGACUCCACCAAAUGCACCAAUAUUUUAAUAAGUAGAUAGGGUACACACUAUAGCAGCUACAGUGACACUGACUCGGAUAAAAGAACAAUGCUAAACAAUUUUUACUAUGGUAUGUACUGCAAGUAGAGAAAUAUUAAUUUAGUUUCUUAUUUGGCUGAGAGAUUACAGCACUUUCCUGGAUAAGGUGUGAAUUUAAUAACUGCGCAAUACAGUGGGCCACACGUAGUGGCCUGAUGAGCUAAAUGGGAAAACGGUGAGCUAAGAAAAAAUGAUCUAUGUUCAAAUCCAAGAAAGGGUCAAACUGCCUCUUCUAAUGAAUUCAAAAUGCUGCUACUGUAAAACCUCAACUUGGCCGCUUACAAUUUGUUGUCAUCAUUUCAUUCCUCCACAUUCAAGCCUCUGUUCCAUACAAUCACAUACUGUACAAGGGUUAUUUCAAAAGUAACCAGGGUUUGUUUAUUAAAAAUAACACCCAAUGAGAUAAAAAUGCAUUUGCUCUAAUUUUCUUCAAAAUUACCAUAAAAAUUUAACCACUUAUCAUAUCUUUUCACUAACUUAGAAAUGCCUUCUUCAAAAUAUUUGGUCGCCUGCACCUUUAACCAACCAGUGACAGCUCUUUGAGUUGAUCAUCGUCAUCGAAACACUGAGAGCCAAGCAAACCCUGGAAAUUUGUCCGUUCACUCAGAGAUUGUGAAAGUUGAUCUUCUCUGUUUCAUUGAUCUUGUCACCGAGUUCACCACUCACCACUGAUGAUCUGCCAUUCCUUUCUUUGUCAUGGAUGUUUGUCCACUCUCUUCACCCUCAACAUUUCGCACAAAGUUCCCCCAUAAACGGCACAAAGUUCUCUAUGAAUAGCUGCUGGUUAGUAUUGUUUUGCUGAAAAAGUGUAAUUACAGCACGCACUUUGCAUUUGGUGGGAAACUCAAUCACGGCACUAACUUUGCAAAGCUAUAGAAAAGGAAUGAGUGCUCACCCGACCUUCUAAGUGCCGACUGACCUGUCAUGUGCCCCAGUGUGAGUACUACCCCCACGACUACCAGCAAGUCAGCAAUUACUUUUGGAAUAGCCCUUGUAUAUCAAAUAUUCUAUACCCCACUCUUUACCUUCACUAUGACCACCCCAUUUGUCUUGCUAUUUGUAAUGGUAUUUUUGCCAAAAUUAAACAUUCCCAUCACAUGUGAUUUUUAAUAUUGUAUGUAGUAGAUUUGUAUUUUGCUAAUUAUACUUUUAUUGUAUACUUUUAAAUUAUAUUUUUAUAUAAAAUCAGGUUCAGUGUAUAUAAACAUUAUUACAUUUUAACAUAUAUGUUUAAUGCAGUUCUGCAUGGUUUUGUUGUGAAUUUUAUACUUUUAUAUAAUUUUAACUGUUUUUGUCCUUCCCAGUGAUUUUAUUUAUAUAUGUAUCUACUCAUUGAAGAGUUGUAAUAUGCUGGAUAUAACUCCAGCUACUCAAUGUUGCUUGUAGUCAUGUUCUCAGAUUCUUUUAUAGCUUUAAGAGUUCUGUGUCAACAAAUUCAUUAACCCUGGAGCUGCUGGUCCCUACAUUAACUACUGACUGACCUUUCUGAAAUGCCACAGGUAUUAUAUGUUACAGACUCACAUUUUUAUUAUUUAUUCCAACGUAAGUCAGAUUUUCACGUGAAAUUCAAUAUAGUAACUCUCAGAUACAUACUUUACAGCCUACUGGUAUUAAAGUUUUUUUCUGCUGUCUAUAAUCUGAGUUUGCCGUUUACGAGUUCCGUACUUGUCAGGUGACGCCACGUACAGGAGUCAGAGACGUGGUCAAUUGUUGAUGCUGCAGUGAGGUUUUUAGUGCCAAAAUAAGCCAAAUAUGACGUAAAUUAUCUUUUUGUUACUGUAAAUAUGUUUUAUAUUUUUAGAAUCGAAAAUUAAAUGCAUUGUCAUAGUUUUUAAUUUUGCAUUUUUUUUUUAGAACUGUGUCUAAAACUCAUUUGUGUUGCUAAGCAAUGUUCAAUGAACAAAUUUGUGUUAAAGAGAAGUAAACUUUUAAUCAAUUACUAAUCCAACAAAUUAGAUAUUUUAUUUUCAAAUUUUUAAUGCACUUGAGAUUAAAAACUUAACAACAAAUCAAAUAUUGCAUUUUAAUUUUGUAGAAAAAAUUCUAGAAUUAUAAUCUGUGUCGUGGUUGAACAAAAAUAUUAUAUAUAUUGUAUUUGAUUUGUAUAUCUAAUGAAAUUUUGAAAAAAAUGCUUCCACUAGGGUAAAAAUCCCUUGGCGUUUUCAAAAAAUGACUGGCAGUUCCAGAAUUAAAAAAUUCUCUAUUAAUCAAAGCUGACACAACACACAAUAUGACUUUAAGAGAAAAAAUAACAUGUUAUAUUUGAUAAAUAUCUGAUUUUAUUAUAUUGUAGCUAUUCAUUUUUAUUAUAUUGUAGCUAUUCAUUAACACGUUCAUGACGACAUGUAGCCUCGGUUACACACAAACUUUUACAAGCCGUCAUGUACCUUGUUGGGUACACACCAGGCUUUCGUAAGCACAUUGUGCGUCUGAUGUUGUACACAUUGCUAAGCAUUUCCUUAUUGCGUUUUUAUUGUUUGCCUGUCUUUGUGGUUUGUUAAAUGUGAUUCUGCGCUUAUAUAUACAUAUCGUAUACCCCGUUGGGCGAACGAUUCCUUAAUUUUUAAGGUAAAUUAAUCUUUUAGGUACUCCUUGGGAUGCACAGAGAAACAUUGAAAUAAACUUUUGUGGGUAAAAUUGCAAAGCCUACAUACAUUUCUCGUUAGACAUUUAACGUAAACAAUUAUAUUUUUACCAUUAUUGAAAAAUUUGACAGGAAAUAAGCCAUCGUCGUGAACGUGUUAACAAUAUUGGAAACUCUUUCUUUAGUUGUAAACAAAAGCCUUAAUCAUUGCCAAUCGUGACAAAGAAAAUAAAUAAUAAGAAUUUCUUUGUUGUUUUGAAGUUGUCAUCAGUAGAAUAUUAUUGUUUUAAUUGUUGACAAGAACCGAUAGUUUUAUAUGAUGUUGAUAUAUAAUAUAUUUUAUUGUACCCAUGAAAUGUAUAAUCUUAAUUGAUCUUCCUUUGAAUGUUGUUGAACAUAUCUUUAACAUAUUAUUAUAUAAUACAGAAAAUAUUCUAAAUUGUUAACUGUGUAGUGUUCAAUCCUCAACAUAUCUCUUAGAUUAGAGCGAUUUGUUUCCCAGGAGCUAUUUAAAAGUUAUGAGCGGUAGUGUUUUCCUUGUACAGUAUCUUGUCAUUUAUUUAAGUAAAAAAAAUCUAUUGUAAUUCUAUAGGAUAAAAAAUUGCAAUAUGUAUAUUUUAAUUAGGAUAAAAUGAGAUGUUCCUUACUUAUUAGAUAAAUAUUUUAAAAAUAAUUUCAGAUUAAACAAUCCUAUAAUCUAAAUUUUAUUUUUGGGAGACCUUUUGCUCUCAAAUAAAGCGAAAUAAAAGUUUAAGAAUUGUUAAAAACAUGAAAUUUUUUAAACAAUCACUUUGUACUUAGUUAUGUCGGUCUGCUAAUGGUUUCAUGGAGAAUGAAAGGCCUUGCAAAAUUAAAAUUAAAGUUAUGGGAUUGUAUGGUUUUUAAUUAGUAAAGAGUAUUAAAGUCACGUUUAUUUUAAAAUAACCCUGUUUUUAGACUUUCGGCAGGCACCAAGCUCAGUUAUAACAAAUUUGAGUAUGUUUGGACAGUUGUCUCAGGAGCUGUUAACGAUAAACACUUACAAUUUAAUUAAGGUCUGUGGUAGUUAAUUUUUAUACAUACUUGCUGUACUAAAAUCAAUAAAAUUUAUUAUUGAGAUUCAACAAUUUUUAUUGAAUAAUUUGGAAAUAUUAAAUAUCCUGGGGAACUAGACACAAUUAUUUGUACUGCCAAUAUUUGUACUUCUUGCACUGAAGUAGUCAUAAAGUAAGUUUUAACUGUUCGUACUUCCAACAAUUACAACAUGUUACUGUUAUAAUGUAAAUGUAGUGUGUGUGUGAAAACCCCAUUGAUUUCACAAUGGCUAGCACAAGUAUCAUCAUUUUUAUCAUACUCUUUCUAGGCAUAUAUUUAUGAUUUGUCAAUCAUACUCCAAGAGUGUUUCUACCUUAUGUAAUGGUAACAGUUACAUUUACAUUGACUGUGACUCCCUUACAAGAAGUGUUACCUACCAUCAUAUCUGAAAGCCUUUAAUACAUUUCCUGCAUUGACAAUAUUGUUACCAUUAUUGAUAUAAACUGUUAAAAUAUAGGAAUACCCUACUAAAAUGUUAUAAUGUUAAAUAAUUACUGUUGUAAAAUAAUUAUUACUAAACGUUGUAAUGAAUGUUAAAUGAGAAAAGUUGGGAAAUCUAGUUUGUUACCUUUAUUCUUGUUAUAGUGUAUAGUUUUUAUUUUGGUUAAUAUUGUGUGAAAUAUUUCUCAAUUAAAUUUAAAAUUAAUCAAGAUAUUUGGAUGUGAGGAAAGGUAUGUAUCAUUCCAAUCCUAGAGGGAAUUUUUGUUAUAAUCUGAAGCUAUUUUCUGUAACAGUUUGCCACUCAAGAGCUUGCAGAAUUGGCGGCCAUCUUGGUUUUAACCCCAUAAGAACAAUUUUUUUAACUUCAAACACCUCUUUUUUGGUCCUACAAUUAUGGAAGAUGCCUCAUUUUAAACACAUAAUUAUGUAUCACUCUGUUAAAAGUUUUCAAAUUUAAAGAGAAAAGUAAAUAGACUGAUCAGAUUAAGUGUUCACAUUAUUUAAAGAUUUGAAUUUUUAGAAUAUGUAUUGUUGCAAUAAAUUAUGUCACCAUUUACAAUGUACACAAAUUUUUUACUCACUAAAUGUGCCAUAGUUCUUAAUUUUUUACCUGUAAGUGUUAUUUUAGAGGGUGUAUCUAAUCAGCCAAUUAAAAAUAUCUUCAAUUAAUUAUCAGAAAAACCAGGCAAUAUGAAAGAAACAGACGUCGUACUGGGAAAGGUUUCAAAGAACCUUCGGAUGGCCUGUUUUAUUUCUCACAUUGUUGUUGACCUAGUACAGACUUUAGAACGUAGUUUUCUCUUUCAUUGAAAACUUUUAAAUAUUUUUAACACAUUAUAUUUUAGUUUUUUCAAUUACGAGGAAAGAAUAGUUGUAAAUGAAUAAUAAAAUGUAUUUGACUCCCCUAACAGUCGUUAGAGUAAUCACUGUAAGGUAACAAUUGACGGUUUAAAGUUAUCGUAAUGUCGAUUCUAUGUCUUGCCUUCCGUAAUUAAUACAUAGAUGUGAGGUCUUGCCUUGUAUCUCUAUUAAAACAUUGUUAACUGGAAAAAUAUAGUAUUUGAUAUUA